CAGGGGCCGGGGCCCAGCUGUCAGGCGCCGCCGCCGCCGCGCUGCUCCGCAGCUAGCGGCCCGGACGCCGCCGCGAGAAGAUGCGCCCCCGCUGCCCGCCGCAGCCCAGCGAGACGCGGAGCCGCCGCGCCCGGGGCCGGCGCCUCCGCUAACGCCCGCGCCCCCGCCGCGCCCCCGGCCCGCGCGCCCGCCCGGCAGCGACAAUGAGUGAACAGAGUAUCUGCCAAGCCCGGGCCUCCGUGAUGGUCUACGAUGACACCAGUAAGAAAUGGGUGCCAAUCAAACCUGGCCAGCAGGGAUUCAGCCGGAUCAACAUCUACCACAACACUGCCAGCAACACCUUCAGAGUCGUCGGAGUCAAGCUUCAGGAUCAGCAGGUUGUGAUCAAUUAUUCAAUCGUGAAAGGGCUGAAGUACAAUCAGGCAACACCAACCUUCCACCAGUGGCGAGAUGCCCGUCAGGUCUACGGCUUGAACUUUGCAAGUAAGGAAGAGGCGACCACAUUCUCCAAUGCCAUGCUGUUUGCCCUGAACAUCAUGAACUCCCAAGAAGGAGGCCCCUCCGCCCAGCGCCAGGUGCAGAAUGGCCCCUCUCCCGAUGAGAUGGACAUCCAGAGAAGACAAGUGAUGGAGCAGCAACGUCAGGAGUCCCUGGAGAGAAGGACCUCAGCCACAGGACCCAUCCUACCACCGGGGCACCCCUCAUCGGCAGCCAGUGCCCCCAUCUCAUGUAGCGGGCCUCCACCCCCACCGCCACCCCCAGUCCCACCUCCACCCACGGGGGCCACCCCACCUCCCCCUCCUCCACUGCCCACCGGAGGAGCCCAGGGUGCCAGCCACGAUGAGAGCUCCGUGUCAGGACUGGCUGCUGCCCUGGCCGGGGCCAAGCUGAGAAGAGUCCAGCGGCCAGAAGACGCAUCCGGGGGCUCCAGUCCCAGUGGGACCUCGAAGUCUGAAGCCAACCGGGCGAGCAGUGGGGGUGGAGGAGGAGGCCUCAUGGAAGAAAUGAACAAACUGCUCGCCAAGAGGAGAAAAGCAGCCUCCCAGACAGACAGGCCUGCUGAUAAAAAGGAAGAUGAGAGCCAAAUGGAAGAGCCUAGCACCUCUCCAUCUCCAGGGACCCGAGCGGCCAGCCAGCCAUCUAACUCCUCAGAGGCCGGCCGGAAGCCCUGGGAGCGGAGCAACUCGGUGGAGAAGCCAGUGCCCUCGCUGCUGUCCAGAACCCCGUCUGUGGCAAAGAGCCCCGAAGCUAAGAGCCCCCUCCAGGCGCAGCCGCACUCCAGGAUGAAGCCGGCGGGGAGUGUGAACGACGUGGCCCUGGAUGCCUUAGACUUGGACCGGAUGAAGCAGGAGAUCCUCGAAGAGGUGGUCCGAGAGCUUCACAAGGUGAAGGAAGAGAUCAUCGAUGCCAUCAGGCAGGAGCUGAGCGGGAUCAGCACCUCGUAGUGCCCUCGGACCCCGCCGCCGCCCGAGACACCCUCCCCCCGACGGCGGGAGCAGCGAGGAGCCCAGGCAGCCCGAGCCGCCCUGAAGCCCGGAUGUGCUUCACUCAAGUCUUAACCUGUGAUAAUAUUGAGGGGAAAAGUUCAAUUUCUGGAUUUUUUUAGAUUCUACCUGACACAGAACACCAGGUCUACUCGCCUUUUUUGUAUUUUAUAUUUGCCUAUUUAAGUGUACAUUUCUUUUGGUUUAUAGAGAAGACCCCAAAUCACGCGCUUCCUUAGAUGGUCUCCGAGUUCUCCCCUAGGUGGCGCUGUUGGCACCCAGGCCGGCAGUGGCAGCUGCGCACGCGCAUCCCUCCCCAGCGUCGUGGGGUCUGUCCGGCAGCGCGGUGUCUGUGUCCACGUGGUAAUAAACGCUUACUGUCCACA